AGUAGUGUUCUCUCUUCUGGAGAAAGAUGUUCUUGGAAGUUGUAGUUACUGUAUGGCUCCCGUGGGGCCCUGGCUUCCAGAAUGCACAGUUUCUUUGAGAAUCCACUCUGAGUUCUGGCCCACACCAAACAACAUGCUUCAUGUCCGACUGUGCACAAGUGGCACCGCUGAGACCCACUUUGGGAUCAAGGACCUGGUGUUCCGGCUCUACGUGGGUGGGCAGCACAUUGAGUGCUGGAAGGGGCUUGGCUGCUUCGAGGACAUGCAAGCCGUGCUGUUUGUGGUGUCUCUCAGUGCAUACGAUGAGGCCCCCUCAGAGGAGCCAGUGCUGAAUCAGCUUCAGGAAAGCAUGAAGCUUUUCUCCUCUGUCUGCAACACCGUGUUCUUCCAAAGCACUUCCCUGGUCUUGUUUCUGAAUAAAAUCAACCUUCUCCAAAAGAAGAUCCUGCACCUGGGAAGGCACCUGCGUCUCUCCUUUCCUCAGUACACGAAUAGGCUCCCUCCACCCCACUCUAUCCCUGGGUGCUCACCAAGCAGGAUGCUUUGCAGCUGAGGUGGCAGGGUGUGGUGCUGCUGCUCCUUCUCCUGGGUUUGCACAAGGGGCAGAAGCAGCACAUAAACAGACUGCCAGAUGUGACCCAGUGGGUGUCGCGAGCAGUAGGGAGCCAGGUGCAGGAUGGGAAAUGGUUUAGAUGACCUCCUUGCCUCUCCAGAUUUGUCUUUAUAAAAGAAACGUCUGCAAGUGGAUUUUAUCUCUAAGUUCCUGCUCCUCUGCCUGAGCUGAGAUUAGCAAACCAGAGCCUCAGCGUAGCGAAGAUCCUCUCUAGCUGCUGAAUUUUCCAGGAGAUCUUGGCAUGGCAGGAGCGGUCAGUGUUAGGAAGUUUGGUUUGUUGCAGCAUCCCUGUUCUGGGGUCUGAGAGGGCAGCAUGUGCACUCAUGACACACUAAUUAGCCUCCAGCAUGGGGGCUGGGGUCUCAUGUGUUCAUGUAGCAGAGCAGUUACAAGGCAGGGGGCAGUUUACCUGGCACUGCUGAGCCCUGGGGCCUAUUAAUCGUUAGCUUUACUCUAACACCCUCAUCCCCUCUACUGGAGCAAACCAGCGGGGAAUGGUUUCCUUAGGGCCAAGCCCUACAGCAUACUGAGCAGCCAUAGCCCCCAGAAGCCUCACCUUGCAGGGCAUGGUCUUGCUCAGCUCAGGGAGGGGAAACCACAAGAUGGCGAGGAGCUGAGGCUUUUGUGUCUUGUGGAGCAUCACAGCCCACACCUGUGCCUUGAGAACAUCUGCACUGAGGGCUCCUUUGGCUUUUCUCGAGGUCUGUAGUUGGUGCCAUGUGGUCCCAAGGAACAGAACCAUUCCUAAGAGUGCUUCUUGCUGGGACUGAAAUCCACGUGCUGCAACCCAGCUUAGUCCCCUCUUCUGGACAGUCACUAAUCUGCUGUACCUGGGCCAAAUCCACCUGGCUUUAAGCCCGAGACUCUGGGUCUCUAGAGCACACUCCUCAUCUCUCUCGAGCCCCUAGUCAUUCUCACAUUAUGCCCAGAUUUCCACCUAGCUGUGAAUGCUCUGGCUUCUAGUUUAAGCCCUUCAGGAGCAACAUGGUGGGAAGGCAGGGAACACAAGUUUAGCAAGGGGAUUUCUUAUCCACGGUCACUUUACUCUUAUAAGGGCUAGAGAGUUAUGGAUCUUUGCAAACUGACAAACAGUCCUCAGAUGCCCCCUCCCCUACUCUGAGCUCAUCCCUUCUGGGAGUCUGAAAUCUGCAUGUCAGGCCAGGCAGAAUCCUUCUGUCUCUCCCUCAAGCCCAGACUUCUGGCGUGUGAUGACCCCACUUCUCUGAGAGCACCUUCUCUGAAAUAAUCUUACUCCCUUUAACCCUGUGCCUAAACUGAGAAACUCCAGUCAGGCAUCUGUAGAGAGUUACUGGUGUGAUGGGUAGGACCAGCAGUGAGAGACAAUCCACGCUGAUGGUGCUAGAUUGCUCUGAUGGCUCCUUAGUCAUUGUCAUUCAGCCAGGUGUCCAGUACCUGGCCUGUGCCAGGCUCCUGGCUGGACUGCACCAUAACAGACUGGACCUUGUCAAGGCCAGCUGGUUCUUCAAUACAGAAUGCAAAAUGGCAGUCAGCACACACGAGGGAAGCAGGGGAUGUUACAGCCUUGGUGGAGAGGCUGAAUGAGCAUGAGACAAGAAGGUGUGUAAGGUGCUGGCUGAGCCCAGCUGAAAUAAAUAGCUAGGAGCAGAAAGCAGGGUUUGCUGGGGAGUCAAGGGAUGGUCUCAAAACACUGCCAGACUCCGUUCUCUUCCUUGGGAGAGGUGUGUGGGUGGCAAGUGCAGCUCUGUCCCAGCUUGGAGCCAGUUCUCCCCUGAAGAAAUAACCUUGUGUCCCUCCUGGAGCUGCAGAGCAGACAGUGGGAGACCCGGCCCUGAGGUCAGCCAGGAUUAAGCCUUGCGCUGACACCUGGCCUUUUGCCAGUUUCCUGCUAGCUUCCUUAAGUUCCUUUCCUAGCACUGCCCGUGGUUAGACAUCUCCAUUCUAAUUAGUGAUGUCACAGACUGACAUGACACCAGUAGUGUCCAUGGCAGUAAAUUGUGUCACACUUGCGUACGGGUGGCUGGUUUAUAAAGGCAGACCUGCCCCUCCCUCCAACUCUGUCUAAAGCCCUGCCUGCAUCCCAGCCAUUCUGCACCUGGUCAGGGACUACCCUGCCUGAGCAUCUCCCCUGGCUCAUGCCUGCUGCUGCCCCAAGACCUGGAACAGCCUCACUCUCCCCUUUCCAGCCUCCCCUUAAACUGCCUUUCCCCAGUGCUGAUAGCUCCCCUGCCACAGCCUCCUUGUGCCCCUCUGAAUGGUGAGCUCCUGGGCCUGUGCUGGCCCAUUUGGGCUCGGUGAGCCACAUAGGCUUGUCCAUUACGGAUAGGCCAGGACUGUCAGUAGAUUGCUCCUAGAAGUGGAUUCCCUCUGUACCAGAUGGGGCAGGAGGGCUGCCAUUCAGUUAAAAGCAGCACAGACACUGUCCACUCCACCCCUACUGGGGAUGGCCCUCUCCUGUUAUCCUGUCCUGGGAGAGCGCUGUGGGGAUGGGAGUUUGCAUGGUGGGUGUACUGCACAUGGGCAAAUGGUGGAGAUUUUCCAUCUCACUUGCCCUCAUCUGCUCCCCUGCAGGUGCAGACUGUGAUGUGGGUGCUGCAGCCCGAUUUAUCGCCAGCCUCUUCCGGUUGUGCAAUGAGACCCCCCAGAAACUGAUCUACCACCACCACAGAAACAUACAGUGUGCAGGGCGUAUUCCACAUGGUGAUGGACACCAUCAUCCAGGAAAACCUAGAGGCAGCAGCUCUGCUGCGAAGCGCA